UUACUGUUCAACUAAACCCAACGAAAUGGCAGCUAAGUUCAUAAUUGUCGCUAUGCUGGUGGCCGCCGCGCACGGCAGCGCGCUGCACGGCGCCGACUACACCAGCUUCUCGUACGGCGUGUCGGACCCGCACACCGGCGACGUUAAGAGCCAGCACGAGACCCGCAUCGGAGACAGCGUGGUGGGCCAGUACUCCCUGCUCGAAUCUGAUGGCAGCAAGCGCACCGUCGACUACGCUGCCGACGCUCACUCCGGCUUCAACGCCAUCGUCCGCAAGGACCCCGCCCUGGUCGCACACGCCGCUCCCGUGGUCGCACACGCCGCCCCUGUCGCAUACGCCGCCCCCGUCGCAUACGCCGCUCCCGUCGCACACGCCGCCCCCGUCGCAUACGUCGCUCCCGUCGCACACUCCGCCCCCGUCGCAUACGCCGCUCCCGUUGCCGCACACGCUGCUCCCCUCGCGUACGCCGCUCGCCUCGCUCACGGUUUCGUGAUUGUCGCUAUGCUGGUGGCCGCCGCGCACGGCAGCGCGCUGCACGGCGCCGACUACACCAGUUUCUCGUACGGCGUGUCGGACCCGCACACCGGCGAUGUUAAGAGCCAGCACGAGACCCGCAUCGGAGACAGCGUGGUGGGCCAGUACUCCCUGCUCGAAUCUGAUGGCAGCAAGCGCACCGUCGACUACGCUGCUGACGCUCACUCCGGCUUUAACGCCAUCGUCCGCAAGGACCCCGCCCUGGUCGCGCACGCCGCUCCUGUGGUCGCUCACGCCGCCCCCGUCGCAUACGCUGCUCCCGUCGCACACGCCGCCCCCGUCGCAUACGCCGCUCCCGUCGCUCACGCCGCCCCCGUCGCAUACGCUGCUCCCGUUGUCGCACACGCUGCUCCCCUCGCGUACGCCGCUCCCGUCGCCGCGUACGCCGCACACGCCGCCCCCGCUGUCUCCUCCGUGUCUGCGUACUCCACCUCCCUCGCUCACGGCGGUUACGCCGCCGCCCCAGUGGCCGCCUACGCCGCUCCCCUCGCUCACGGUGUAUCCUAUGCUGGACUCGGUGCUCACAGUCUCUACGGCUCUCCCCUCGGAUACGCCAAAUACUACUAGACAAAUUAUAAUUUCUGUAUUAAGAAAACUGUGGUAAAAUAUGACUGAAGUCCAAAGAUGACUAAAUGCUGUGAUGAAAUGAAAUAAAAACUAUCUACUUAAAUCCCUAA